CCGUCCCAUCCCCUGUUCCUUUCCAUGCGAUAAGGCCCGCCCGAUAAAACCACCCUAAAUGCCAGCUUCUCACCGAAAACAUCGAACCAUCCCUCCUCUCCACCUCUCCCCAACGAUAAGAAAAUAUUCCCCUCCACCCCCGUCUCCACAAAUCCCUUUCCUUCUUGUUCGCUACUCUUCUCGCAUCUCUCCCCCUUUCCAACUCUCUCUCUCUCGCUAAGAGCCAACGAUGGCUUCCGCCGCAUCACCCACCUCCCUUUCUCUUCGUCUGUCCUGCUCCGCCUCCACGUCCCCGUCCUCGUCCCGGCGGCAGGUGGCGGCGGUCUCUUUCCCCGCCUCCCGCGGUGCCGUCGCGCUCCGAUCGGCGGUCCACCGCCUGGGCUUCGCUGGGGCUGCGGCGGACCCGCUGCUGGCGAUCCACGUGGCGGCGAAGAUCCGGGCGGUGACCGGGCAGAGUGGGAGGGGUCCUAGGGGCGUGGCGGCCAUGGCGAAGAAGAGCGUCGGGGACCUCACUGCCGCGGACCUCAAGGGGAAGCGGGUGUUCGUGAGGGCGGAUCUCAACGUGCCCCUCGAUGAGAACCAGAACAUCACCGACGAUACUAGGAUUCGGGCGGCCGUGCCCACCAUCAAGCACUUGAUGGGGAAGGGGGCCAAAGUCAUUCUCUCCAGCCAUCUGGGACGCCCAAAGGGUGUCACACCAAAAUACAGCUUGAGUCCUCUUGUCCCUAGGCUCUCUGAACUUCUUGGCAUCAAGGUUGAGAAAGCUGAUGACUGUAUUGGCCCAGAAGUUGAGAAAAUGGUUGCUGCACUUCCAGAAGGUGGUGUUCUGCUUCUCGAAAAUGUAAGGUUUUAUAAGGAGGAAGAGAAAAAUGAACCAGAGUUUGCAAAGAAGCUUGCAUCCUUAGCUGACCUUUAUGUGAAUGAUGCAUUUGGAACGGCACACAGAGCGCAUGCAUCAACAGAGGGUGUCACCAAGUUCUUGAAGCCCUCUGUUGCUGGUUUCCUUUUGCAAAAGGAACUUGACUAUCUUGUUGGUGCCGUUGCGAACCCCAAGAGGCCAUUUGCUGCCAUUGUAGGUGGUUCAAAGGUGUCAUCCAAGAUUGGAGUGAUCGAGUCAUUGCUGGAGAAAUGUGACAUCCUUCUUCUGGGUGGAGGAAUGAUCUUCACAUUUUACAAGGCACAGGGCCUUUCAGUGGGUUCUUCCCUGGUAGAAGAGGACAAACUAGAGCUUGCAACGUCACUUCUUAAGAAGGCCAAAUCUAAAGGGGUUUCUCUUAUGUUGCCCACCGAUGUUGUCAUUGCUGACAAGUUUGCUGCCGAUGCAAAUAGCAAGGUUGUACCAUCAACGGCGAUUCCGGAUGGUUGGAUGGGCUUGGAUAUUGGACCAGAUUCAGUAAAGUCGUUCAGUGAUGCACUGGAAACAACCAAGACAGUCAUUUGGAAUGGUCCUAUGGGAGUUUUCGAAUUUGAAAAGUUUGCAGUUGGAACUGAGGCAAUUGCAAAGAAGUUGGCAGAGCUUAGCGGGAAGGGCGUGACGACAGUCAUCGGAGGUGGAGAUUCUGUUGCGGCAGUUGAGAAAGUGGGAGUAGCUGAUGUUAUGAGCCACAUAUCCACGGGUGGUGGAGCCAGCUUGGAAUUGUUGGAAGGGAAGGAGCUUCCAGGAGUUGUGGCUCUCGAUGAAGCUGUCCCUGUUGCUGUAUGAGGCCAAGUUUUAUUCCGAAGCCGCUGUCUGUCGUUGUGGUUCCUGAAAGAAAUUAACCAUGUUGUGGUCUCUCUCACCUGGGUUUUACCCAGAAGUGGAGUCAGUCAAGGUGUCAAGAGCUCUUGUAGAGUUUCUGGGAUUGGCCAAUAGCGGCUUUUUUUUUUGUUCCUUGCGUUGAUGUUUUCUUGUGAUGUGGUGCCAAUUUGUUGUUGAAAUAAAAAUCUCCUGCACUAGGAUAAACAGGUCAAUAUUGUAGAUGCAAUUUGGAUUACAGGCUUGGCAUUGAUAGCUUUCUCGCA